AUGGUGAAGAAAUCUUCAACACCACCAAAAUAUGAGGCAAGCCAUUAUGAUGACUAUGGAUUUGAUCUGCAAGAGGACUUUUCCCUGUUCUUGGAGGAAGCAAGGCAACUUGGAAGCGCAGCAAAACUAAAGAAUUCAUCAGUGCAUCCUGAAGAAUCUGGCAAAACAGGAUCGGAUAAAGAGAAAAAGGGAAAGAAAUCAUGGAAAAGUUCUCUGAUUUCAUGGUGGAAAGUUGACAAGAAAAGCAAGCAUAGAGAAGAACCAACCAACGAUUCAAAAUCAAAGGUUUCUAGGAAAAGGCAGGGUCAGGUUUCUGGUCCAAUAUAUAAAUCCUACAAAGGUGCUGAUAGGAAGCACUGGCUUCCAACUUCAGGGCCUCUAACAAAUCUGUUCAAACCCACAAAGACAGAAGAGAGGGAGAUACCUUACACAUCUCUCCACCAACAAAACAGCCCUUGUGCUAUGCACAACUAUGGCCCCCUUUAUGGGGUUGCUUAACUCUGUGAAUCAUUAUCAUAUUUGCAAAUUCUGGUGACACAAGCUUCGGAGAGAAAGACUUA